AUGACAUUUCCCCACUUACUGAUUAACCAUGAAAAGAGUCUCAAAAUUAAGAACGAAGAGAAUUAUAAUACUAGAACUCCACCCCUGGACGGUCAUGUAAUAAAAUGCUACAACUUACCGUUACAUAUACGCGAAGGGAUAUUUUAUUAUCUGUUGGAUAUACAAAAGAAUGCUGAAUUUGAAAUUAAAAAAGUGAUAAAGCCAGUAGAAGAAGAGACAAAUUUAUAUCCAUGGAAAGUUAUAUGUAAUGAUAAAUUUGCAAAAUUUUUGCUAAAAAAAGAAAAAAUUCAGAUUUAUGAUGAUUUAAAAAAUAAUAACAGAGUUUUAGUGAGGCUUAUCAAUGAGACAGAAUUAAAUGGAAAAACUUCAGGCUUAAAUGAAAUUCAACAAGAGGAGAAUGAAGGGAAAGAUAAAGAAAAAAAGGAACCACAGGAACAGAAGGAACAGAAGAAACAAAAGGAGCAGGAUGAUAGUAUUCACUUUGGGAAAAAUGAUUCAGUAGGAGAAGAACAAAUAGUUGAGGGACGCCACUUAACAAAAGAUUUAUUUGAAUCCAUUAUUAUUCAAAAAAGAGAUGAAACGAAAGGGAGUAUUUUUCGUUUUACAAAUUGUAGAAGAUAUGAGAAGGAUGAAGAAGACAUUUCAAGAUUAUCCGGAAGGCAUAACAUUCAUGUAGCAUCUUCGUGUCAAAAUUAUGAAUCAAUCGAAAGAAAUAACAAGAAUAAAGGAAAUGUCUAUGACGAUCAAGAGAGGAGUAGACUGAAUGAGAUAGUGCAAUACAAUGAGAGUUAUUUAAACUGUAGUGAAGAGAUUGAAAACGAAAGGAAUAGAAGUGAUAAAAAAGUCCACUAUUGUUUAUACAAUGAAAAGCUUGUAGGGGUAGAAGCUGAAGAUGAUAUAGAGAAUAGUGAAUGGGAUUAUAGUGAAGUUAACAGCGAGCGCGAUUUGUUUAGAAAUGGAUUCGACAGUGAAUCUAGUUUCUCGAUUCAUGGAGAAGGAAUUUCCAAAUGGAGUAGGGAGAAACAAUUUAGACAUGAAGUGGAUGAAACAGAUGAAGGGGAUGAGACAGAUGGAGGGGAAGAAGAUACACACGAAAAACCUAUGUCAACGGAAGUUUCAAGCAACAUGAAUAAGAAACGUAGGGAAUAUCAAGACCACAGAAAUUAUAACCCAGGAAAAGAGAAACGGUACAGAGAAUCAUAUGAAAGUAAUAAUGUUAGAAAUAGAUGGAAAGAAAAAUAUGGAGAAAUAAUAGAAAAAAAGGAUUUUUCUAGUCAAUAUGUUGAAAAUAGAAAUUACUCAAACACGUCAGAUACAAAAAGUGGAAGUGAACUUAAGAGCACUAAUAGUUCUUACCGAUAUGAUGAUACACGUGUUCUGAAUUGUGAUGAAUCAAUUUUUAGUAACACAACAAUGAGAAGUAAAAACCAUAGUAGUAACAAUAACCCCUCUAAUUAUGCGAAGGUGCAAUCAGAAGAGGGAAAAAACAAAAAUAAUCGUGUCAUUGAAGAAAGAAAUAUAUGUGAGAAAAGGAGAAACAGAAAAUACAACUGUGACAUAAUUCAAGGUAUAAUAAAUGAACAGAAUGAAAUUUUUAAAAAAUUGAAAAAAUUGAAAAAAAGAGAAAAAAAAAUUAUCGGGAUAAAAAAAAUUACCAUCUAUUUUUAUGAAGGAAAUAUGGAGGAAAUAAUUCAAGAAAUACGAGAAGAAGAUGUAGAAAGAAAAAUAUCAUUAAAUAUAGACCCUCCAAUAGAAGAGAAAAAAAAAUUUUUUUGGGAUAAUUAUGGUUGGAGAAUAGAUGAUGAUAAUCAGGAUGUUACUAUCUCCAUAAGUCAGAAAAUAAAAGAUAAAGGAGGAAAUGAAAAUGAGAACAAGGAAGAAGAGAAUAAGAUGGAAGAGGAGCUGAUGCAGAUGCAGCAGCAGGAGUGGAUGGGAAAGCAUGACCAGCGUCGUUACAAUACAGGUGAUGAAACAAAUGGGGAAAAGAAAUCCGAUAGGAGGAAACGAAAUAAGGAGGUAAGAAGUUGUAGCAGUGGUACUAGUGGGAGAAGUUUGGAAAGGAGGAUCCAGAAAAAGAGUUGCAGCAUGGACAGACGUAGCAAGCAGGAGUGCAUUGAACAGAAGCGAAGGGGAUCAAUGAUAUGGCCGAGCAAUCUAGGAUGGAAAGAAAUAUCAGAAGAAAUUAAGGAAAAGUUAUGUGUUGUUAUUAAAAAUAAACCAGCGGAGUGGAGCGAUUAUGAUUUGAGAAAAUUUAUAGAAUCUCAAUUUUCAAGCACGGAUCGUUGUCCAGUAUUUGAGGAUAUAUUUUUAACAAAAAGUUGCCCAACUAUAGCUACAGUAGCUUUUAAAAAUGAAAUAUUAAGAGAAAAUUUUUUGAAACAUCAUAAAUUUAAGUUACCAUCUUCUAUUAAGACAUAUACAAAUGAUCGAAAUUAUGGAAGUAGUAAUAAUACCUCAGGGAACUAUUAUUACAAUAAUAGAUAUUCCAAUUUUUUAACACUUGAAGAAUAUAUGAUAUCGCGUAAUGGGACACAACUUAAUAACCAGAAGAAACACCUCUACCAGAAAAAAAGAAGGUGGUAA